AUAGACCGUGAUUUUCACCACAUUGAGCAAGUCACACCCAUUCCGAAAGAAGAAUUCCUCAAAAUGCUGAAAAUUUGUUUGGAGCAAGCGAAUUACUUUGUAUUCGCAGGCAAAUUCUACCGCCAAAAAUUGGGUAUGUUUAUGGGCUCCGCUUUGGCCCCAAUAUUGGUCGAACGAGUCAUUGAAGACAUUGUGGAAAAGGCGAUCAUCGACACAAACCUAGAUCCAGAUUUUUGGAACACAUACGUUGAUGAUCAUAUUACAUCAAUCCCACCUGAAAUGGCCGAUAAAGUACUCAAUAAACUUAACUCCUACAACCCCAAUGUUCAAUUCACAAUGGAAAAGCAAGACGAUGACGGCUCCAUUGUGUUCCUGGACACAACAGUGCACAACGAUGGAAACACACUCAAAACGAAAUGGUUCCACAAACCGAUCGCAUCCAAUCGACUGCUGAACUAUUAUUCUAAACAUCCAAAGAAUAUGGUCAUCAACACAGCAAAAUCGUUCAUCCGGCGAGUGUUCACGUUGAGCCACUCAUCGUUCCACCAGGAAAACCGAUUGACCAUCAAAGCGAUAAUGGACAAGAACAAUUUUCCGGCUAAACUGACUGAACGACUAAUCCACCAAGUGAACCAGAUGAUGUCCAGCCAAACAUCGAAAGGUAAUAUAAGUUACCCGCUCAUUAGCAGGAUGGAAAUUGCUGGCACGUCGUUAUCAGCCGAUGUAUCGGAAAUUAACUCACCACCACCGAAUGCAAACUCGACCAGAAUAGACACAACAAUAACACCAGCUGUUCAAACACAGCCAAAGAAAAAUCGGUUUGCAGGAAUGGCUUACAUUCCCGGAUUAACUGAAGCAGUUGCAAAGCAAGUCGGAAAAUAUGCACCGGAUCUGAAAAUAGCCCCAAGACCUACAAAUAAGGUGGCCAGCAUUUUCUCCAAUAUGAAACACAAACUCAGACCAGGUCAAUGUUCGAAUGUGGUGUAUAACAUUCCUUGUCGGAACUGCCCCAGAAGCUACGUAGGAUGCACGUGUCGCCGGCUCGAUGACAGGGAUGUAGAACAUAAGAAAGACGUGGAAAACAUGGCCAAGAACAACAAAAAAACUGCACUGGUCUACCAUGUGUCCACCAAGAAACAUCAAUUUGAUUUUGCGAACAAAGAAAUUCUGAAAAAAGUCCGGUCAAAACGAACGAUCAAAAUACAUGAAGCGAACAAAAUCAUUCUUAAAGGAAAUUCAGCUGUGAACUUCAGAAAAGAUGCAGCUCAUGUAUCGCCAAUGUUCUACAAUCUGAUCGUGAAUAGUGGAAAACGCCGCCAUGUGAACCCCCCUCGAAGACGGAAUGAUGAAAUGAAUCUGCAACAGAUGUUUGAGUGACAGGUGAAAUUGUCAAGUGACAAACAUAAACAAACGAGACUGUAAGCAAGUGAUAAGGAAAAACCAAGAAAUUGAUUAAGUUUGUUUACAACCUAGUAGUAAGCCCUUGAAGAUGACUGGUCACACAGUCGAAAGCUAGGCUAAAAUUUGGUCACAUCAACUUUUGGAGUUUUAAUUUUGUCGAAUCCAGGCGAUACAACGCAAUAUCCAACACAAAAAAAAUCAUUGAAAGUAAUAUUAAUAAACACUCAUUAAAUGUUCUUUCUUUUGCCACGUUUAUUACGUUGUUUUCGUUUUGCUAUAGUGGUCAGACAUAUCAUCGUACACAGACUCUUCAUUUUAUUUUAUUAUAUGUACGGACUCGUUUCCUUUUACUUUC